AUGGCUACUGCAUCCACACCCGUCGCUUUGCCGUCGCUUCCUGUCGAAAUCUUCGACAACAUUCUUGACCAGCUGCAAGAGCUCAUUGAGAAAGAUAUUGAAAAGCUGGAGGGUGUCAUGAGACAGAGGAAGGCACAUAGCAGAAAGCGAGAGCGUAUCAUGAGAUGCGAAGAGCGAAAGAGAAUGCGGAUGACUCUGUAUUCGGUUCGCCUCGUGUGCAGAGAAAUCAGCACCAAAACUCGCAUCCAUUUCGCUCGCCGCUACGUCAAAGGGUGGAAGCUUAAUCUCAAUGAGCAGGCAAAGAUCCAAGACCUCUUCAUCAUCUCAAAGAAUCCCGACUUCUCCGCCACUCUCCAGAGACUUACUGUCAACAUUACCUAUUCUGAAGAGGAACCCGUGGAUGACUUCGAGGAGGGCCGCAAGCCCCGGUCCGAAUCAGACCCAUUUCUGUGUCGAGAAGAAGAACACCGAUUCUUCAACGUCAAGGAGAACAUUGUAAUGAUCACUGAGGCUGUUUCGCAUCUGAAGAAUCUCGACUGGGUCGGCUUCGAGCAUAAAAACUUCGACAGUAGCUGUGUUCGGUGGGAGAAGGGGACGUGGAACACGGAGAACGCCCAUAUUCUUCGGAUUGUGGAAGCCUUCCUUCCUCCUAUGAGGAAGCGGACCAACGCUGUAUCGAAAAUCCACAUACGUUUACGUGCCUGCUAUAUCCUCGGUCUCGAUAUAAAGUUCUUUAACCAGAUCAGAUCCUUCCAACAUCCAUUUAGUGAGCUGCGAAAUUUGACCUUGAGGCUGGUCAACCUCGAUGACGCUAGUCCUCAGACGAUUGCUGGUAAGGAAGUUUCUCAGGAGGCCGUAGACGGCAUCAAGAUGGUCAUCUUCUGUGUGGGUAACGGUUCAACUGGCCUAGGCCUGAAGGUGGUUGAAUAUUGA